AUGUCUUACUUUACCAAAAAAAUUGCUGAUUGGAGUAAUCCUAAACAAAAAAUGUACUUGACACCUUUGUCUUGUUCACCCGAUUCUGAUUCUUCCAAUUCUUCCACAGAUUCAAUCAAUGCCAAAAAACAACUUUUCGAACUCCCCGCCAACAACUCUACCCCUACUUCAAACAAAAAAUCAUCAAAAUCAUCAAAACACAACAAUUCAGCUAAACUCUCAACUGCUUUUGACAACGUCGAACAAAAAUCUUUGACUGGUAGACUUAAUGUAAACAUUGUUGAAGGUCGUAAACUCAACGUUAGUAAUUUUCAAUCCAGACCUUAUUGCGUGGUUGAAUUCGAUCGUGAUCAAUUUGUAACUCGUGAAGCAAUUAGAGAUAGUGACCUUCCAAUUCAACGUGGUGGAAAACCCGUAGAUUUCUUGGAUUUGGUUCGUGCUGCUAGAUGUCCAAUAUGGAAACAAAAAGUUACCUUUGAUGUCGCGCGUCUUGAUAGCGAACUUCAAGUUUCUGUUUAUGAACGUGUUCAUCAUUUGGAUAAUGCUCAAACUGAAGUUUUCCUUGGAACAUUAAAAAUUCAAUGUCCAAAAAAACCAAAUCAGCCAAUUGAUGGUUGGUUCAAAUUAUCUCCAAGAGGUAAAGAAUCAGUUACCGGUGAAUUGCAUGUUCAGAUCACUUAUGAAUCAGAGAAAUCAAAUCUUAAACCAGGAUCUUUUGAAAUUCUUAAAUUGAUUGGCAAAGGAAACUUUGGAAAAGUAUUUCAAGUUCGUAAAAAAGACACAAAUCGUAUUUAUGCAAUGAAAGUUCUUCACAAACAAGAUUUGAUCGAGCGUAGAGAAGUUGAACACACAUUAGCUGAAAAAAAUAUUCUUAUCAGAGCCGAAUCUUGUCCAUUUUUGGUUGGUUUGAAAUUUUCUUUCCAAACUCGUACUCAUCUCUACUUGGUCACUGAUUUCAUGAACGGUGGUGAAUUGUUUUGGCAUUUACAAAAUGAAGUAAGACUCAAUCUUAAACCAGAAAAUAUACUACUUGAUGCUACUGGUCAUAUAGCUCUUUGUGAUUUUGGUCUUUGUAAAGAAAAUUUAGCUACUGGACAAACAACAAAUACAUUUUGUGGCACAUCAGAAUAUCUUGCUCCUGAAGUAUUAGCUGAAUGCGGUUAUGGUAAAUCUGUUGACUGGUGGAGCUUAGGAAUAUUGUUCUAUGAGAUGAUUGCUGGCUUCAGUCCUUUCUACACCAAUGACACCCAAUUAAUGUAUCGUAGAAUAUUGUUUGGUAAACUCAAAUUCCCAAAAGGUUUUUUCAGUGAUGAUGCCAAAAGUUUAAUCAAAGGUCUCCUUGCACGUAAUCCUCACAACAGACUCGGAUCAAUCGGUGAUGCAGAAGACUUGAAACGUCAUCCAUUUUUCGCCAAUGUAGAUUGGAACGCAUUAUACAAUAAACAAGUACCACCACCAUUUAAACCAAAUGUCACCUCAGAAGAUGAUACUUCAUGCUUUGAUCCUGCAUUCACAGAAGAACAAAUUGAUUAUUGGCCAUCUCUAACCAAGAACAUAAGUAGAAAUGGUACAAAUGCUUCUAUAGCCAGUGAAUUAAAUGACACCUUUGUUGGUUUCACUUAUUCAGGAGAACCAACCAAUACAUUAAAUAUUGGUGGAUGUUGUGGCCUUCAAGUUAACAAUAACGUUGCAACCAUUUCUCCAGUACAGGUUAUUGGAGGAGUUAUGAUAAUCAUAACUGUCUACAUUCGACAUAAAUUCGUUAAACCACCACCAGAGUUUAAAGAUAUACCGACUAUAUCGCCUAUCCAAUUAAUAAAAACUUUGAUAUCAGGCCGACCUCAUGAUGAAGUACAAAAGGUUAUGGAGGCUGCUCAUAACCAAUACGGAAUUAUUUGGUAUGUUGUAAGAUGGGGAAUUCAUAUUUCAAAAUUGGAAUAUGUUAAAGAAUUUUUAACUGAACCAAUUGACAAUGUGCCAAAAAUUACUUAUCCUCCUGAUAGUGCAGUUUCAAAAUUCUUAGGAGUUGGUUUAUUUACUUCAAAUGAUGAAGUAACUUUUAACAAAGCACUUUCGCCAAAAAUAAUUGGAGAAUGUGGAAUUGAUAGUGUUAAAUUGAUCGAGAAAUGGGAGAAUACACCAAUGGAUACGUUUCUAUUGAUGCAAAGAAUUACUUUACAAGCGUUGGGUAAAGUGGCAUUUGGAUAUGAUUUUCAAUGUUUAAAAAAUUGGGAAGAACAACCAGAAUUUAUAGAAACUUACCAUAGAAUGUUAAAAGCUGCUGAAAAUGAAGAUUAUACAUGGUCGGCAAGAUCUUUAAGAGAUGAAAUAGUGAUUUUAUUUGUUGCUGGACAUGAUACCACUGCGCAUUCAUUAAGCGUUGUUUUUUAUUACCUGGGAAGAUAUUUGGAUAUUCAAGAAAAAGCUAGAGAAGAAGUGGUUAGAAUAAUUGGUAAAGAUUUAGUAAUUCCAACUUCAGAUCAAUUAAAGGAAUUAAAAUAUGUAAACGCAAUAAUAAAAGAAGCAUUAAGAUUAUAUCCCUCAUUAACAACCGCGCCACCGAGAAUAAUUCAACGUGAUUUUCAAUUUGACAAUUAUCUAAUACCAAAGGGUACUUAUCUGCAAGUGAAUUACUGGCAAAUCCAUCACAAUCCAGAAAUUUAUCCGCGACCAUAUGAAUUUAUACCAGAACGUUGGUUGGAUAAUCAUCCAAUGAGUUUGAAUGCAAAUCAGGAAAAGCGACAUGCAUUUUCUUGGUUGCCAUUUUCUGCUGGUCCAAGAAAUUGUAUUGGGCAAAAUUUCUCUAUAAUGGAACAAAAAACUAUAAUCUCAAUGUUAA